UAGUCAGUCAAUCAAUUUUAAAUUUGAUUAGAAAUUUUUAUUUUUUUCUAUUUAAAAUGCAUUUUAUUAUAUUUUACAUUUAGACUAAUAAGACCAAAAAUAAUAUGAAUUGUAUGGCUUUCUUUUUCACUCCUAAACAGAAAAUUUCAUAUAAAACAGUCCUAAUCAAUUAGAUACUUGGGCAAAAUUCAAGUUAUCUAGUUUGAGCUUUUACAUUAUUGGAAGUUGAAAAGUUACACAACACUCAAAAAAAAAAAAAAAAGAACUGCAAUGGUGGGUGCUUUACUCUUAAAAAUGCUACAUUGUAAACUUAAAUGCCAAAAUAAAAAGCUACACUUAUACAGAACAGAGGAAACUAUGGAUAUUCCAGGAUCAUCUUGUGACGAUAUUGGAAAAGAUUCAGCAAUAUCAAGUAAUGAUGUUGCCCAAAAAAUCUGCAGAGUAUGUUUGAAAGAGGGUGAAAUACCGAUCUAUGAUAAUAAAGGAACAGGUGAUAUAUCUGAAGAACUGAACUUAUUUGGUGGUUUGGAUGUUCAAGCAGAUGAUGAUUAUCCAAAAUAUAUAUGCCAAACAUGUCAUGCAUUGUUAUUAGGGGCAAUAUUAUUCAGAAAAACUGCUCAGCAGUCUGACCAAUUGCUAAAGCGACCUACACAAGAAUCAAUGCUGUUAACAGAUAAUGAUGACUUGACUAAUGAUAUAGGAGAAGAUAAUGCAUGUGAGUAUGAAGAGGAGAAAUGUAAAGAAACUAAAAACUAUCACUGUAAGAGAUGUGAUUUGGACUUUCAAAGCUUUAAUGAAUAUAGUGAGCAUAGACUAUCACAAGAACAUGAGAACAUGAGACAUACAUGUCCUAUAUGUAAAAAUACAUAUACAGCGUUGUAUUUUAAGAAGCAUUUGGCAUUGCACAAACUUGAGAACACUUAUAUGUGUGAUAUUUGUGGUAAAAUAUUCAUUGUCCAAGGACAAUUCACAAGACAUAGAUUAACACAUUUCUAUAGCUUACCAUUUAAAUGUUCUUUAUGCCCAUAUAAGGGAAGAUUUAGUGAAUCACUCAAAAUGCACAUGAGAACUCAUACAGGUGAAAAGCCAUAUCAGUGUACACAAUGCCCAUCAAGAUUUGUAAACAAAAGUAACUUGAACAAGCAUAUGUUAACACAUAAAGGUGUACAUGACUUCAAGUGUAACUUAUGUGGCCGAGGAUUUUACACCAAACGAAAUUUAGACUUGCAUUUCAAAGUUGAUCAUACUGGUAUUAAGGAUCAUGUAUGCAAUGUCUGUGGUAAAGCUUUUGGAUAUAGAAAACAAAUGAUGAAACAUCAACUAAAAGUGCAUAAAAGAGAGAAACUCAGAAGUGGAAGGAUGCCUCUUUAUUUACAAGUUGAAACUAAACAAAAACAUGGAGAAGAGAUAUUGACAGAGAGUUAGAUUAUUGAGAGAAAAUUCUUUAUAAGAAAUUGGAAUUGCCAAGAACACGACUCACAAAAAUGAUGAAACAAGGCAUACAUCUAAAAAUAAAAAUGUAUAAUAAAUUACCCAAUACAGUAAUGCAAUUGCCGAGAAACAAAUAAAAAAAAAGACAUAUUUUGAACAACAUCCUUUUUACAACGUGACCAAAUACCUAUAUGCCAAUAUUAAAUUAUGACAUUAUUAUUUGUGUUUAAUUGUAAUAAGUAUGACAAUUCCAAUUUUAUAACUUGAAGUCAACAUUAUUGGUAUAUAGUUACCAUUAUAUUAACAUGUAGUAACUAUUUUAUAAUGUUAACUAUAAUUAAUUUGUAAUAUUAUUUUUAUUUUAUAAUUCAAAUGUUAUUAUUAUUGUUAUUAUUUAUUUUAUUAAUUUCAAAAUUAUAAUGUAAAUAUUGACUUGCCACUGUAUGACAAAAACUGUUACAUUGGUUAAUAAAGAAAUAUAAUUAACAACCAUUUCUAUCUAUAGGGAUUCAAUAUUUAUUUAUUUCUUUAUCAAGACACACCUACAGUACAUGUAUAAUACUUUAAAAUACAAAUAAUAUAUAUGUAAAAUUAGAUCUGAUACAAGUACCUAGAAAAGCACACACUAUAUUCAAUAUUUAAUUGACGUAUUUAACUAAAAAAAUUAAUCAAGAUAAAAAAUAGACAUCAAAUAAAUAUAUAUACCAUAAGAAAACUAAUUUGUAGUAAAAAAUAAGAAAAAGAAAAUAGUAUAUAAGUGAAUGUUCGUGUUACGACGGAUUACAUAGGGGGGAGGGGGAAGGAUCCUUCCCUCUCCUUCAGCUCAAGUCUGAAAAUUGCGUUACGUAAUACUUGACCAUUCCCUAAUAUAAAAAAAGCAUAAAGAACUUGCACCUUUAGUAUCUAUACUAUAAGUUGAUAUAGCCGUAAUUGAUAUCCAGACUGUAUAAGAUUAUCAAUAAAGAUUCGACUCUUGUUAACAAAAACAAAUAGUGUGAUCUAUUGGUUAUAGUAUAUUAUAGAAAAUAAAUUGUACUUAUUACCUAAGUAACUAGUUUGUGAUUUAUGCUUCAAUCGCGAUAAUUUAGAUUGUUUUUAAUUUUACAGAAAAAAUUAUUGUAAUAUAUACUAUGAAAAGUUAGAGAAAUCAUUACAAUUCAGACAGACGAAUUUUAGAACAAAUAUACUAACUUAACAUUCAUAUCACAUAGUGUUGUGAUUAAAAUCAUGAUACAUUGAGACUGUUGCUAUAUUUAUUUAAAAAUUUAUCUGCAAUAUUAUUUUUUAAAACUUUAUUUAUUUUUAACGACGUCUUCAUAUAUGUAUAAGGGCAAUUUUAUCAACUUACUAUGAUUGUCAUUUCCUACAUAGUAAGGUCAUAAAAUUCAAAUUAUAGCUAUAUAUAGAGUAUCUGCAAUGCUUUGAAAUAAUGUUUCAUUAACAAUCAUCAUUAUUGUUCAUGUCUAUAGGCAACAGUUACUACUUUCCAUCAGGUGGGCCGUCAGUUUGCUUGCCAAUUUAAAUAUGUCAUAAAAAAAAAAUUUUUGGUCUAAAAUCCUCACUAGUGCUCGUAGAUAUUUUUAUUACUUUAUAUAUUAUUUUUAAAAGUGAAUAAUGUGUAUCACAUUAUUUAUAUGCAAUAGCAGUAGUAAAUUAUAUUAGUAGUGCAAUAAAAAAUUUAAU